AUGACGGAUAAACUGCAAGGAUCGGACAAAACAGAAUCCUCACUGGAAUUUGGUAACCCAAUGACCAACGAGAACAAUCCAGCAUCAUCCAAACAUUCCACAAACGAUGACGAGUCUUGGGAUGGUUGUUCCAACGACGAGGCUCCGAAACUAAACCGGGGGCGGACUGUAAGCUUUGGAGGAAUUCCGAUACCCGACGAAACGCCUAGCACCAAAGGUCCCGAGGACAUUCCCACUACAGUAGUCAAUCCUGGUCUCUUGUUGGGGAUGAUUUUCGGGUGCGCCAAAUGGUCUGAGGAACGUCUUCGCUCGACUGCAUUGGGGCUCGUUUCGUCCAUUACAGUCUUGGUGGUUCGGCUCCUACUGGAUUCAGAACCCACCGCCUAUCUGAUUCAUUCGAUUGUUGUCUUUCUAGAUAUGGCACUGAUUCAUGCGUUCACCAAUUCCAUUUGGUUGAGUGUAUCUGGGGAACUUGUGACCAUCGCCAUGGCUUUUGCCUUUCACAUGACCAAACAAACUGUUUGGGAACUAUUGGAAACCACGAUAUUGGCCAUUUUGUGCUCCUUCCACUUGAUCAAUUCGCGCAACAAAUACAUGGACAACGCGAAAGAAUUGCGACAUGAUCUGAACACAAUUUGCCACGAGACAUCGGGUCUCUUGUCCGCAUCUGUUCGUUUGGACGAUGAAGACGAAGGAAGCGUCGUCGAAAAUGAGGAUCGGCGUGCGGCAUUGAUUCGACGCCAAUCUAGUCGACGACUGCAACAGAUUCGAUCGACUAUGGUCAAUUGGGACAGCGAUCGAUCCAUCGAAUUUGAUCCAGCCGACAACGAUCAUGUGGGAGAUCUGGAGAAGCCCGUCUAUUCAAAACACGGUGAAAAGGUGAAAGUCUGGGGAGAAAAAUUCUUUGAACACUUUUUAGAUGGAAGCGCUGGUGUGAUGUACACUAGCUUCUUUGGAUUGAUUUUGGAUGAAAUGAUUCGUUUGAACGAUGACAUCAACUGCAAAUGA